ACACUUCCCCCUCCCCCUUCCCCCCUCCCAUUCAUUUCCUUUCUCUUUCACUCUGUCCCCUCCCUAGAACUUUCACUUCCCUCUUUCUAGAGCUCUAAUCUGCUCAAUUCCGGCGGCUCCGCAGCCCGUCGCCGCCCCUACAUCGCCGUCUCGCUGCUCUUACGACUCUCUUUGGUCGCCCAUCUUAUGCAAACGUUAAAUUAUUCUUGAAUGCCUUCAGUUACUAGAAGCAUGGGGCUUUAAAACCAAGCACCUUUCAUCUUGUUCUCAUUUUUUAUGAUUCAUAGAGAUAUUUAAUGUGCUUUCACUAGGCCAAAAUGAAGACCUCACAGGACUCACAAAAAUCACAAGCAAAACAACAUUCAACCCAGGUUUCACAUGACUCACAAAAUGAUCAACCAAACAAUACAACUGAGAAUCCGGAUGCAGAUUCUGUGUCAGUUUCGGCAUCUGGCAAUGAAAACAGGAAAAUUUCACGUGAAGAUAUUGAGCUUGUUCAAAACUUGAUUGAGAGGUGUUUGCAGUUGUAUAUGAAUAGAGAUGAAGUAGUGAAAACACUUCUAAACCGGGCAAGGAUAGACCCUGGAUUUACAACUCUAGUGUGGCAAAAGUUAGAAGAAGAAAAUGCUGAUUUUUUUCGGGCCUACUACAUAAGGCUGAAACUGAAGAAACAAAUUAUAUUGUUCAAUCACUUGCUUGAGCAUCAGUAUCAUCUAAUGAAAUACCCAGUACCUCCCAAUGUUCCAUUAGCUCCAUUGCAAAAUGGUAUCAGUACCAUGCCAGACAUAUAUUAUGGAUGGUUGAAAUUGCUGAUGAGCUGAAUUGACUGAAUUAUCAAAAAAUUACUUAAAAUUCUUUUAAUAGCUAAAGAUGACAAUGUCAAUUGCCUUCAUUUAAGACAAAAAAGUUAUCUUGCAUUACACUAUGUUUGGUUCAAGGAAUUUGAAAGGGAAAAGAAGAGAAAUGAAGUGGAAAAUAGUUUUUCUUGUUUGGUUAGAGAGGAAAAGUGGAAGGAAAAGAAAAUGAGAAGGCAAAAUGAACUAAGAGGAGGGAAAACCAAAUUCUUCUCAUUUUGGUGAGGAAAAUGAUAGAAAAUCAUUUUCUUAUCUUUUUCUUCCAAAUUCCUUGAACCAAACGUAGUGUCAACUAAGUUGGUGUUUGGUAAAAGCAUAAGCAAGAAAAGUAGGGUAUGGAAAAACAUAAGAAAAAAAUUCAUAGUGAUCUUCACCUGAGUGGAAUAGCAAAUUUGUUUUAGAGGUCAAUGGUUGACUGUGAAUAGUUUCUCUCCUACCAUCUUGCAUGCGCCCGCGUGUGAUUUCUUUAAAGUUCAAACCCAAUACUUUGCAUAUUCCUAACUCUAUCCCCAAAAAGAAUCAAAUUUGUGAUACUUAACUCAAUAUUACAAAUAUUGAGUUCUUUUUUUGUUGGGAACUUGGGACAGAGGUGAAACUAAUUUUACAAUUUUGAAAACCUAAAGAUAAAGAUCGAUUUCAGUAUUUCACGCUAUCAAACGUAUUCAACAUUAAAUUUACUGUUUUUUCACUUCUAUUUUCUGGAAAUUUAUGAGUUGGCUCUUCGGUUAGUAACUGUAUAAAACAAUUGGUUCGUUAAUCUCUCACUUAGUUAUAAACUUUAGGACUUUGUUAGAGAGGCCCAAACCUUGACUCCAUGUUUGCCUCACACUCCUUUUUCUUCUCACACACAUGAACACUGCUCAUGUGUUUGAAAAGGAAAAAAGGGGUUGGGGGCAAACUUGCGGUGACUGGCAUUUUCCUUAACUUUGUAUUUUCAUACUUGGCUAAUUAGAACCUUCGUUCCAUGGACUCUUCAAAUAAGUGCCACUUCCCAUCCCUGACAUGCUCUUUUGGAUACAUGGGGACGUCCCAACACCCAAAUCCUUUGUAUGAUUUUGAAAAGGUCAUGUUUUCAUGUUCAUGACAUUGUCGUGUGUGAGUACAUGUCCUUGUCUUGGUGCAACAAAAUUUUCUACACAUACCAGUAUACCACGGGGUCAUGCAAUGCACUUUCAACUUAUCUACCCUACUAUUAAAGGAAGUGUUAGACU